UUCCAGAGUGUGGUUGUUAUUGUGGUUCUGUGGUUUAACUUUGGCUCAGGAUGGGUUUCCUGAAACAGAAGUGACCGCUGAAACAGAGUCAUGCUUUCCUAAUAUGUGCAAGUUCCUCAAAGAGUUUGGGGCCAUAAAAGAGAAACAAAAAACUAUGGAAACAAGCAUGAACGAGAAGCAGGAGGCUCUUGAAACAAAGCUGAAGGAGACUGAAAAACUGGUUCUGGAGCUGAAGGAGAAAGAAGCACAAAAGGUCGUAUUCAGUGCCGCAGCAGGGGGAAGUGGGUCUAUUGGGCCUUUUACCACAGAUACAACCAUAAUCUACAGAACAGUGAUAACAAAUGUGGGCAAUGCUUACAAUCAGCACACAGGUAUUUUUGCUGCACCUGUUGCAGGUACAUAUUACUUCACCUUCUUUUAUCAUGCCGGAGGAUCAGAAGCUGUAAGUCUAGCCCUUAUGAAGAACAAUGAGGUUAUUGUGACUGCCUACGACCAUAAGACAUCUCAUGAUGGGGCUGAUAAUGGAGGAAAUGCAGCAUUUCUGCAACUGCAGCAAGGAGACCAUGUCUAUAUGCGGUUGGGUCCUAAUACUAAUGUCUGGGGGGACAGCCAUAUCACUACAUUCAGUGGGAUUCUUCUGCAUUUCCCCUGA